UGGAGAAUGGCUUUAGCUGUGCGCAGGGUUACCUUGCAAUGGGUCUGAAACCCCACACCUAAAGGGCCUCAUUACUGUUGGGUGUUGGAUAGAAGGAGGUCAGCUCUUAUUAUUCUAAGACAGAGAUAGCAUGCCACCCGAACUGAAACAGGAAGUUAGUUCCAUGAAAAGAAUUCUAGGACAAAGCAGAAUUGAGAAAGGAAAGCUUUUUGGAAAACACACAUUGAGCCAUUAAGCUAUUUUCCACAGCCCCUCUGCAACACAUGUUCAAGCAGCCACUUCCAAUGAAAAGUCUAUGUAAAGUCCGUUUCAGGCUUCUGCUUGUCAAGUGUGAACACUAUGAGCAAAACAUGCAUUCAAGAACAUGCUAAAUGUGGGUUCUUGAGCGCACGCCACGUGCGCGGUGUGUCUGUAGCUUUAGAGAUAAGGUGGAGACUGGACAUUCUUUGGGUCUUGUCUUUGAUUUUGUUCCUUCUGCAGAAAGAAAGAUCUCAAAGAUCCUUGAUACAGAGUUAAUUUCAACUUCACAGACGGAUCUUUUGAUUAGUUUCAAAACUGUUCUUGCAAGAAGUCUGGUUGAUCUCUGAAAAGAGUUUACUGAGAAGUUCCCAUUCCAGAAAAUGGAUGAGUGUCAUUCAGUUUACAAAAGCUAUUUCAUCUUGUAGAACAGAAAAGCCUCUCUAUUACCGCAGUCAGCAAAUAUGGUUAUGACAAAGAAACAGAACAUUCUAAACAUUUCAUCAAGCCAAACUACUUCUCCAGGUAUAUAGACAUGUGUUUUCCUCACAUUUUCCACUUCAAGUGUUACUCUUUAGAGUACUAAAGACUUAAUUCCUAAAAAAACUGAUUUUCCUGGGUGUCUUAAUGCAUCCCUGAACCAGAGCCGUUAAUUAUUGAUCAGUUCUAUCAUGUGGUUUCGUGUGUCUGUAACGUCUGAAACUCAUAAAGGUGGUCACCUGAGCCGGCUUUCCCUGCCCACACUGUAACUAAGCAACAGCAAACAGAAGGUGCUGUUUUUAUGUAGAGUGGAUCUGCUCUGCUCAACAUCUACUUUCCAAGCAGAAAUGAUCUCGCAGAUUACGGUGCCUCGGCCCCACUUUGACAGCCGUGCUGUGGCUCACCGAGUCCUACGGACAGACCCUCCCGUCCAGCCCAAUGACCUGCAACUGGUUCCAGACUCUGCUGCCGGGGUGGGCCGCUCCACAAAAUACAGCCCGGCGGAAUGGUUCUCUAAUUACCAAACAAUUCUUGUGCGGGCCGGUGCCGACAACCUGGAAGCCGAGAGCAUCCAGCAGCUGUCCAGAACCUUGAACCGAGACAGCGAGGGCGUAACCCUGCAGACUCAGGCCGAGGGAACACGGCUGCUCGGGGAGAGACUGCAGGAGAUCCAUCACUGGAGGUCUGAGCUGCUAAGGCACAUUGAGCAGCUGCAGGCUGACAUGGAGGCGCUCCAGGCGGCGAGAACACGACUGGAAAGGGCGCUGGAGGCCACUGAUACCCCAUACGCCAUUGCCACUGACAAUCUGAACUGCAGGGCCAAGAGGCCAGGGCCAGACCUAGUUCAGGACUCUGUCGAGGAGGAGCUGCUCAAGGAAGUGGGCCUGAUCAGGAACAUCCAGGCUCUCCUGAAGAGGACCAUUGCUCAGGUUGCUAGUCAGAUCAGGAGGAACAUGGACGCCAAGCAGGUGCUAGAGAUGGACUGGUCUGAUAAACAGGAGGCUUACAACCUGGACGAGCGCGGCGGCGGACACAGCAACAGGAGUCCUGACACUCAGCUUCAUCCCAGCUCCGCCGCCAAUCAUGAGCAAGUCUGCAACCCAACCACAUGGACAAAGUUCACACAGGACAACCUGCUCCAGGCCGCACAGGAAGAGGAGGCGUCCAGAAGGCUCAGGGCGCUUGUGGAGGAAAUGCUGCGUGAAACCACUGAAGACCUUAUUAACCAACGUUCCACGGUGGAUGGAGCUUUCAGCCAGCGCUGCCAGGAGCUGUUGGAAGCAAAGACUGAGCUGCAGAUAAAGCUCACACAGGUCCUGCAGCAGAUUGGAGAACAGGAAAAGAACAUAGUGGGUCUGCAGAAGGCCAUCCACCUCAAAGAGGCUCCGCUGAGAGUGGUUCAGUCCAGACUUCAUCUGCGCUCGCUCAGGCCAAACAUGGAGCUGUGCAGAGAUCCAGCCCAGCUCAGCUUGGAAGCAGAGGCAGCGCAGAUCGAAACCACUCUGAACUCUUUGAAGCAGAAGCUGAAUGAGGCCAGGAUCUCCCUGAGUAACCUGGAGGAAUCCCGUAUGGAGCUGCAAAAAGACAUCAGCUGUAAAAGCCAAUCACUCUUCAUUGAAGGGGAGAAGUGCAUGACUCAGCGCCGGCAUUUACCAUCCACCUCAAGGCUGUCUGGAUACUGAACCUCCGAUGGAACAAUGACAGCUUUCCAGAUAUGGAGUAUUUCUGUAUACACUUUUUUUCUCCAUGUGACAUCUUCCUCUGUUUUUCAAUCACACUUCAGUCCAUGAGUAAGACAGAUGCCCCCAGAGGCAGAGUAAAGCACAGAUUAUUUGUGUGUCUUCACUUCUGUGCGGGGACAACAAGACGAGACUUCAUUUCUUACUGAGGUUUGUUUUUCUUUUUGUCAGAUAAAUGUAGAAUCAAAUAUAUGUGAUCUUAUCUUUAGUUUUUAUGGCUGCCCAGGAGUUGCCCUCAGAGGCUUUACUUGCCCAUCAUGACAUGUCCCUAUCAGCUGUUUGUUGUGGUCGGGGCUAGACAAAGUGACCACAAACGUCUCCGUCUAGUCGUGGUCCUUGUAGAAGGACCUCCAAAGUGGUUGACGGCACGUGAGAUUUACAGUGUGUGUUUUGCUUUUCUAUGACUUCUUUGAUGACUUUUUAUGUAUUUCCUUUUGCAGUGACUUGAAGUUUUUUUGCUCAGCUUCUUUUAUUUUAUGUCUUUCCACUUUCUCAUUUUCCCAUUCAUUUUUCUGAUUUUAAACAUUUAGUUCUGUUUCUCCAAUAUAACUUGUUUUUUUGCAAGAUGCACACAGUCUCUCAAAAAGGACAAUGUAUAUUUUUCUUGAUUUGUUGUGGUGUUUGGGAAAAAACAUUUAUCUGGGUGUUAUGUGUGGCUUGGUUGCUGCGUUCAUCUUGUGUUUCUUAGUGGUUCUUUGUACUCAUUCAGAGUCCUAACAGUCUGUGUGCAACAAUAGAUGCUGGUCUGUAUGUUUGGGUUUCCUUAAUACUGUUACUUUUUUUAUGCUGCAGUUUCUUUUUUGUUGGAUCUUCAAGUCCAUAAAGGUUUUCUGUUUUGUUUCUAAUUAACAGUCAGGUUUAGAAAAAGUAGUAAUGGUCUGACAUCCUUGCUGGAGGUGUUCUCCUGUGUUCGUGUCCUCCACCAGAGGGAGCUAUUCUACAUGAUGUUACUCUGAGCUCCAAAUCUACGAAUAAGGAAGAAAAGGCCUAAACUAAAGUAAAGCAGGAAGAUUUACUGAUUGUUGUAAAUUGUAAACUCAUUCUUACUCAUUAAAUACAUGAAAUUAA